UAACAAAGUGUCAAAAUGUAUUUGCGAUACGUUGGCAGCUAACUUCAUAGCACACAUCUCUUCUUCCGGUUCUUUUUAACAAGCAAGGUAGUGAAUGUGAAUACUAUUAUGCCUGGUGUCACAGUAAAGGAUAUUGAUCAACACUCUGUCACCAAAGCUGUUGCUGUAUUUUUGAAAAAGACUGGUAAAUUAAAAGUUCCAGAUCAGAUGGAUAUUAUAAAGACAGCUAAAUAUAAGGAGUUAGCACCAUAUGAUCCUGAUUGGUUUUACAUUCGUUGUGCAUCUAUCUUACGACAUCUAUACCAUCGUAGCCCUGCUGGCGUUGGUUCGAUAACCAAAAUAUAUGGUGGACGUAAACGCAAUGGUGUUCAUCCCUCCCAUUUCUGCCGAGCUGCAGAUGGUGCUGCUCGUAAAGCUUUGCAAUCUUUGGAGGCUGCUCGAUUGAUUGAAAAACAUCCAGAUGGCGGUCGAAAACUGACUUCAAUUGGACAACGCGAUUUGGAUCGUAUUGCUAAUCAAAUUGUUGCAAAACAAAGAGAAUCGGCAAAACAGACUGGGCCAAUUGUUAUUUCAAAAUAAACAUGUUUAUCACGAAUAAAAUAAACAUUUUUAAAAACUA